GGCCCGGCCGAGCGCUCCGUGCAGCGGGAUGCAGCGGGCCGAGGCCCGGCCACGUCAGCACCCCGAAGGGGCUGCCCUGGGGGGCGGAAGCGGCGGGGACCGGGCAGCUGCAGCAGCCGCGGGAGCCAUGGACCCCACGAGGCUGCUGUUUCAGGAGCCUUCCCUCUACACAGUCAAGGCCAUAUUCAUCUUGGACAAUGAUGGACAGCGACUCUUAGCCAAGUACUACGACGACACCUUUCCAUCCACGAAAGAACAGAAGACCUUUGAGAGGAGUGUUUUCGAUAAAACCCACAAAACUGACAGUGAGAUCGCCUUUCUGGAGGGGCUGACCAUUGUCUAUAAAAGCAGCAUCGACCUCUUUUUCUACGUGGUGGGGAGUUCCCAGGAAAAUGAGCUGAUGCUAGUGGCAGUUCUCGCCUGUCUCUUCGACUCCCUCAGUCACAUGUUACGGAAGAAUGUAGAGAAGCGCUCCCUGCUGGACAACCUGGACGGGGUGUUCCUCGUGGUGGAUGAGAUCGUCGACGGGGGGGUGAUUCUGGAGAGCGAUCCUCAGCAAGUGAUCCAGAAGGUGAACUUCAGGGUGGACGACAGCCCUCUGUCUGAGCAAAGCGUUGCCCAGGUUCUGCAAUCUGCCAAAGAGCAAAUUAAAUGGUCCUUAUUAAAGUGAACGUCCCAGAGGAGAGCGCCUGGAUCCUCCCGAUUGGAUGGGUCUGAACUGCGACGGCAAAUGAUUCCUCGCCUUAUUCGAUUAGCCGUUUGCAAAUUGGCAUGAAAAGUCUGAUCAAAGCUUUUGGGUAGGAUGCAAGAUGGCUGACAUUGGCCGCGCCUCCUGGGGGAAUGCCAGCCUUCCACGGACACGGGUUUAAACCCGGUCUCGGUACCAUGAAAUUCUCUGCAUGCUAAAGGGGAGGGUGGGGGUUGGGAGAAUUAACUGGUUAACAGACCAAAUUCUGUUCACUAUAAAGGAGGAGUGACGUCGAUGGGGUUAUUUCAGAUUGACAAUGGUGUAACAGAGAGCAGAACCUGGCCCAAGAUCCAUAAAGAACUCCAGAACUAUUACUGUUAUUUAAGGACUGAAUAGGCGGAUUGAUCAUUUGUAGUUACACCACCUAAAGCGCUGCGUGAGAGUCAAUUUGAAUUUUGUUUGGUACUAGCAGAGCCAGAACAUACCCUAGUUGAAUCUUCAGUUUCACCAGUAAAGAGCUGGCUCCUUCUUUUGCAGGGCUGUCACUAGUGCCGGCACACUUGUUGAUCAACGCAGCGAGCCAAUGCUCACUUGCUCCUCAGUGAGGGUCGGGCCCUACAGACACUGCCGGAGACUUUCAAAACCAUAGGAAGGGAUUUGCAUGCCCUUUUCUCAUUCAAACAAAUGGGGCUUGGGCAUCCAGGUCGCCCUAGGCUCUUUAGAAUAUUUCAGCCACUUCCAAAAUCUCUUCCGCUGUCUCCCAAAGCAACCAGCACUUUGAUCCCUUUUGGGGAUGGCCAGGCCUGUGCAGUGGGUCGGCGUGAAGUAAGUGCCACUGUCACAUCCUCCCACCUGCAGGGUGGGGAUGAGAGCACAGGAAUCAUUGUCACCCUGUCAGAGUAAGAUUCAAAACAUCCCAAUGACGACCACUAAUAACCCCCCCAAACUCUUACAAGGUGCUUUUCAUCAGUAGAUCUCAAAGCACUUUACAAAGGAGGUCAGGUCAUUAUACAGAUGGGGAAACUGAGGCAC